AUGACGGCCGACGCCGUGUCCUCCGAGGCGGCCGCCGCCAAGCUGAGUCCUCGCAAGCAGCGACAGUCCAAGCCUCUGGCUGACAGCUUCUUUGCCGGCCGGGGAGGUGCCGGCGGUGGCUCGGGCGACGUUACCAGCACGCCGUCGGCGCCCGCAAUGCUUUCUUCGUCACAAGCCCCGUUCUCGUCGUCCCCCGCCUUCGCCACGCCCCUGCAUCCCAUGCGACCCUUUGUGCCCGGCGAGGCACGGUCGACCGCGGCGGCCGUGUUGGCCACGAGCGUUCCGGCUGCCUCUGCCCGUCCAACCAUCUUGCCUAUCCUCUUGCCGCCUACAACCCUGCGGCCCCUGGCGUUCCGGACAUUUACCAAGAAACACAGCCUUACACUCACCUCAUCGGCGCUGCAAGAGCUGGCCAGCUUCAUCGGGCGGCAUUGCGGCUCCGGCUGGCGCGAGGAAGGGCUGGCCGAGCGUGUUCUGGAAGAGACGGCCAAGGGCUGGAAGAACCGAAACUGCGGAUUCAUUGUCGACGGCGCCAGUGCAGAGCUGAAGGACAUCCUGAAGACGCUGGAAGGCAACAUGAGCGGCGGGCGGAUUAUGGUGGGGGGCCCAGGAGGCGGGGCCGGUGCCAAAGCAGGUGCAGUCGAUGCUGCCGGGAGAAACGGCAGCGCGAUCAGCCGCGUGCGAGAGAGCCGCAACAAUGGUCCGCAGCGUGGCGGUAUUCCGCGGCAGAACAGCCUCCUGCUCGACUCAACCCGCGAGUCCGACAUUACCAACACACGACUCGGUCUUAGGCCCACUGUGCCGUCAGUAGGCGGCGGUGUCGGCGGCGGUGGCAAACCGCUCUUGACGAGAGAAGACAGCCAAGCCAGCCUGGGCAUGAGCAGGCUCGAUGUGGAGGACGACGAAGAGGACGCCGACGACGACGGCCUGCUCGACCCACGGCGGUGGCUCAAGGUUGUGGGCGCCUAUGACCAACCACGAAUGGUCUACAAUGUUGCAAAGAAGCACUUUGAAAGGCGAACCGGCCUAUUCCGCAACCGCUUCAACGUCAUCCACCAGCGCCUUCUCCGCAACGAGAUGUUCCAGAGCUCGGCUGUUGCCGAGGCCCGCGCGAUGUCUACACUGCAGCCGUCAGGCUCCUCUGUUUCUGGAGCUACGCAUAAAAUUACGCCCGUGGCCAACCUUUUGGGUCGCCACGGCACGCACCACAUGCUCCUCGGCAUGCUUGUCGUUCUGCCGACGGGCAACCUGUCCAUCUGUGAUUUGACGGCGUCCAUAACACUCGACGUCUCCAGCGCAGUGGCCAUUCCCGAGGACUCGGCGUGGUUCACGCCCGGCAUGAUUGUGCUCGUGGACGGUGUCUACGAAGAAGAGGAGGAGGCUGCGGGCCGUGGUCUUAAUGGUGCCACGGGCGUGGGCGGUACGAUAGGCGGGCGCUUCCAGGCAUUCCUCAUUGGCCAGCCUCCGAGCGAGACGCGGCGAGAUGCCCUGGGCAUAAGUGGCCCCGAUGGCGUCGAUGGUGUCAACGGCACGGACCACACCAUCGGUGGCGGGUUUGGCUGGAUCGACUUUAUGGGUGUCGGCAGCCACCGUGCGGUCGGGGCGCGUAUGCGCAAACUCGAGCAGCGGUUUUUGCAGCGCCAGCUCCAGCAACACCGGCAGCAGAAGCUUCGUCUUCGGCGUCAGCAGCAGCAGCAGCAAAAACAACUGCAACUGCGACAACAGCGCUUAUUAACCGAUUCGCAAGAUGGCGAGGCUGACGAGCCCGAAGCAACUCGGACGAACCACGACGAAGAAGCAGGGCUUGACAGCGAUGACGAAGACCUCGGUCCCCCUCCGCCCAGUCGCCAACGCGUCGUCCUCCUGGGCGAGCUCAACCUCGAUCAGCCGCGCACGCUGCAGGCCUUGCGUAAGGUGCUGGGCUUGUAUGCCGCCGAACCCGAGGGCGCUACGCCGGUGGCGUUUGUGCUGACGGGCAAUUUCGUGGAGCACGCGGUCAUGGCCGGCGGCGGCAGCGGCGGCAGCAUCGAGUACAAGGAGUACUUUGACGCGUUGGCGUCUGCCCUCUCCGACUACCCCACGCUCCUGCAGUCGUCAUCCUUUGUGUUUGUGCCCGGCGACAACGACGGCUGGGUGUCGGCCUUUAGCGGCGGUGCCGCCGUGCCGCUGCCGCGCAAGCCCGUGCCGGAGCUGUUUACGUCGCGCGUCCGACGUGCGUUUGCGACGGCCAAUGCUGAGGUGGUCGGUGCGAGCAGCAACCGGGUCGGCGGCGAGGCCGUGUGGACCACCAACCCAAGCCGGCUGUCGCUGUUUGGGCCCAACCACGAGAUUGUGCUGUUCCGCGACGACACGUCCAGCCGGCUGCGGCGCACGGCCGUGCGGUUGGCCAAGCCAGCUGCUCCUGAGGUCCCAGAGGCACCAGACGCAGCGCCCGCAGUGGCUAGCCAGGACGACAUGGAUGUGGAUGGCACAGCAGAGGCCCAGGCCCAGGCGCAAAACAAGCCCGUCGCCUCUGGUAUCCCCUACGACGUCCAGACGGCACGGAAGCUCGUCAAGACCAUUCUCGACCAGGGCUACCUUGCGCCGUUCAAGCAGUCACUGCGCCCCGUGCACUGGGACUUUGCGAGCGCACUGCACCUCUACCCGCUGCCCACGGCGCUCGUGCUGGUCGACACCACGGCACCGCCUUUUUGCGUGACAUACGAGGGCUGCCAUGUCAUGAACCCGAGCAGCCUGCUGGUGGCCGGCCGGCGGGGGGCGGCGCGGUGGAUCGAGUACGAGAUCGGGCGGACGGGCAAGUUGCGGGAAUGCACGUUUUAA